GCAAGCCAGAAAAUAGGCUUGUGGAGGGAAGCAGAGGCAAGGAAAGAGCGGAUUGAUUUUAUUUCGAUUUUCAUGUAGCCGACGAUCAGAGACUGCAAUUCAAAUCGUCCGAGGGAGAAGGAAGGUGGGUUCCAUGAUUCAAUGCCAGAAAAUUGGUAGCUCUGUCUCCGCUCUUUGACUCGCUUGCUGGUUGAAGCCGGGAAGUCUUGCUCUUUCUGGUGAAGAGAUCUGAAGAUGGUGAAUUCAGUUACUGGUGAUGAUGAAACCAGGGACCUGGGUGAUUGGCAGCCCAAGAACUUGCCACCAGCUUAUAAGGUCGGCGUCCCGCCAAAGAAAAAUUUUUUGAAUGAAUUUACUGAGAGAACCAAGGAAACUUUAUUCGCCGACGAUCCUCUGCGCGCUUAUAAGAAUCAACCGAGAUCGAGGCAGUUUUUGCUAGGACUUCAGUCCUUUUUUCCAAUUCUCAGUUGGGGAAGAGAGUAUAAUCUCAAGAAGUUCAGAGGAGAUUUAAUUUCUGGAUUUACCAUUGCAAGCCUCUGCAUCCCUCAGGACAUCGGUUAUGCAAGGCUUGCAAAUUUGGAUCCACAGUAUGGGCUAUACUCGAGCUUCGUUCCGCCGCUGGUUUAUGCAGCUAUGGGAAGCUCAAGAGACAUUGCUAUUGGCCCAGUGGCAGUUGUGUCUCUGCUGCUUGGAAAACUUCUUCAGGAUGAGUUUGAUCCUAAGCUCAAUGCAGAAGAAUAUCGUAGAUUGGCAUUUACUGCAACAUUUUUUGCAGGGGUGACUCAGGCAGCCCUUGGACUCUUAAGAUUAGGAUUUCUGGUGGACUUCCUGUCACAUGCUGCCAUUGUUGGAUUCAUGGCUGGAGCAGCAAUUACCAUUGCGCUUCAACAGCUGAAAGGAUUUCUUGGCAUACAAAACUUUACAAAGGAAACAGACAUUGUAUCUGUUAUGAAAUCUGUGUGGGGUUCUGUACAUCAUGGUUGGAAUUGGGAAACGAUAGUGAUUGGGGCGAGCUUCUUAGCAUUUCUUCUACUCGCAAGAUACAUUGGAAAGAAGAAGAGAAGUCUCUUCUGGAUACCAGCAGUUGCACCGUUGAUCUCUGUAAUUUUGUCCACCUUAAUCGUGUAUGUAACACGUGCCGAUAAGCAUGGGGUUCAGAUUGUGAGGAAAAUAAAAAAAGGCAUCAAUCCAUCAUCUGUUCGUAAAAUUUACUUCAGUGGUUCAAACCUGGGUAAGGGAAUCAAGAUUGGUGUUGUUUCUGGGAUGAUAGCUCUGACUGAAGCUGCAGCAAUAGGAAGAACAUUUGCUGACAUGAAGGACUAUCAGUUGGAUGGAAACAAAGAAAUGGUAGCCCUUGGAACUAUGAACAUUGUUGGAUCCAUGGCUUCAUGCUUUAUAGCCACAGGUUCGUUUUCUCGAUCCGCCGUCAACAAUAUGGCUGGAUGUCAAACAGCAGUGUCAAAUAUUGUUAUGUCAAUGAUAAUAUUACUAACACUGGAAUUGAUAACCCCACUCUUCAAAUACACUCCAAAUGCAAUUCUUUCUUCCAUCAUUAUCAGCGCCGUGAUCGGACUAAUUGAUUUCGACGCGGCUAUUCUAAUCUGGAAGAUAGACAAGUUAGAUUUUAUAGCUUGCAUGGGAGCAUUCUUCGGUGUAGUUUUUGCUAAUGUUGAGAUCGGACUUUUGAUUGCAGUCUCAAUAUCAUUUGCUAAGAUUCUUUUACAAGUCACAAGGCCGAGAACUGCUUUACUAGGCAAUCUUCCAGGGACUACCGUGUACCGUAACAUCGAACAAUACUCCGAGGCAACCAAAGUUCCUGGAGUUCUUAUUGUCAGAGUUGAUUCUGCUAUCUAUUUUUCCAACUCCAACUAUGUGAAGGAAAGGAUCCUUAGGUGGUUAAGAGAAGAGGAAGAAAAGCUGAAGGAGAAGAGCCUACCUCGAAUUGAUUUCUUGAUUGUUGAAAUGUCACCUGUAACUGAUAUAGAUACCAGUGGCAUUCAUGCUCUUGAGGAGCUGUAUAAGAACCUUAACAAGAGAGAGAUUCAGCUUCUUCUCGCGAAUCCCGGGCCAGUUGUCAUGGGAAAGCUCCAAGCUUCAAUGUUUAGGGAGUUGAUAGGCCAUGACAAGAUCUUCCUGACGGUCGGCGAAGCUGUAAGGAGCUGCUCUCCUAAAGUGAGUGAAGAAGCUUAAAGUGGAACCAAAGAAACAUCAUUUAUUUGUUCUACAGAUCAUGGUUUCUGUGAAGAAUGGGUUUAGAGGAAGAUGGUGUGAAGAAGAAAGAGCAGAGGAGGCUGCAGUAUGAGUGUGAUUAAAGCUAUUGAGUGGGGUAUCAAUUUCAUUUUAUGUAAUUGCGCAUUGAUUAAAGUUUUGUGGGUUCUGAGAUUGAUUGAAUCUUUAUCCAAAAGUGUGAAUAAUGCCAGAACCCACC